AUGAAGCUUUGGCUGUUGUGUCUCGUAAUCGUCACGACAGCGUCAGCUUCCUAUUGCGGUGAAAAUGGUGUGCCGUUCAGUUUGGAAGUCUUGCCAAGUGGUCUGCCUGUACUUGGAUGCGCCCAGCCAACGUGUAUAGCUCAAUUAGCGGAUGAUGUAGAAGAUUCAGUUUUUAAUAAUGAUAACUAUGGACAAGCUGAUGGCUUCUUCCGCGAGGGUGAUCGAAACCGUCAGGGAUACGUUCAGACAAACAAAAUGAAAGCCAAUUGCUCCGGUCAUUUUGAUGCACUGAGUUGCUCCAAGAAGAACCAAUGGGUUGGUGGAAUCGAGUACAUUGACCAUUCUCGUCAACCACUUGUUCUCCAAUGCUGCUCUUUCGAGGGACUUCGCUUCUCACAAGAUGUCGGUGUGACUACCAUUGGAGCUGGUGAAGCUGUUACAGGUGGUGAAGUUAUUCGAGAAGGAAGACAGAUCUCGUUUGAUGUGAUCGCCAAUUUGCGCAAAGUCGUCGAUCCAGAUGAUUCACGAAUCAUCUCAUAUGAAGUUACUAUUCGUCGGAUGAAUUGUCUUCCUGAUCCUUCUGAAUCGGAGACUCCGGUCAGCGAAGGUGUUUAUGAGGAAGUUGUACGCGUACUAGAAAAUGCAAAUAAUGGUUCACAACCGUUGGGACAUGAGGGACAUCCACAUAUGGAUGCUGAGAAGAAGCAUCGCCCAGAAAAGUUUGAGAAAAAGAAACGCCAUAAGACUCAUAGUGUUCAUGAAAGAGUUGGUCCCUUAUCUCAUCAUGGAGAGAAAGAGAACUUCGUAGGAAGCUUUGGGGCACCAAUUUAUCGUCCCAUGGACGAAGAAUAUGAGAAAAAGUCCACAGCUACUCCCAGAAGAUAUGUCCCAUCUGCUCCUAAGAGAGUCUCAAUAGAAAUUCAGAGACCAUCCGUUCAGAUCGACCCAAUCACUACAACAACAACAUCUGCCCCAACGACAACACAACCAGUAUAUACGCUACCUACCCUACCUCCGUUCCGACUACCAACUUUCUCUAAUAAUAUUGGUAUAUUCGGAUUGCCACCUCCACCUCCUCCUCCACCACCUAUGCCGCAACAAAGGUCGUUGAGUUCUCCUCAAGCAUUUGGUGUGAGUCAAGCAAACCCACUCAAUCCUCUUCCUCCACCAACAUUAUUACAUUUCCCACUAAUGUUCCCUCAACAUCAGUCGUCUCAAGCAUAUAAUCCUUUUGCUGUCAACAAUGAUCAGAAUAACGUUAUGGCUCCUCAGCGGAUGUCUCUUCCUGAACUGAAUAACAAUAACGUUUUCGGAAUGAAUAACUUGGAGCAAAUACCACCCUCACCGGAUAACUUAUUGAAUCACCAGCACAACUUUGGUUUGAGUUCACAGAACAGCUACGGCUUGUUUAAUAAUCAGCUUCGUGAACCUCAAAUGGCUCCAAAUAACCGCAACUUAGGCCAAAUAUUCCUUCCGCCACCAUUUACUUCACUUGGAAAUGCUUUGCAUAACUUCCAAGCUCAAGGAUAA